GCUGCAGAUCUACCAUUACAAAUUCAUCUGGAGUAAUACAGUCACAUAGAUAUCCAGGGAAUUUUCCUGAAAAUACUACCUGCUCUUGGACCAUUAUAGCAACAGGGGCUGGAAAAACAAUUGCAUUCAGUUGGCAUAAUUAUAUCAUAAUAUGUAACUUUGACACCCUUGAGGUGUAUGAUGGCAACAGCACCAAUGCUCCUUUGCUCGGCCGUUACUGUGGCUAUCUCAACAACCCAGGCAUCAUUCAGUCUUCAGGAAACACCCUGUAUCUCACUUACCAAGCUGUUGCUCAACAGUAUACCAGGCGAUUCUCAGCAUCAUAUUCAACAAAUGGUAAUAAAUUUUACAGAUAUAAUUUGACCUUUCCGUCUGGUCCAAUAAGCAGUCCCGGGUACCCUGGGAGCUCUUCCCAAAAUACAUAUGUUACCUGGACGGUAACAGUUGCUCCUGGAUAUGUUGUGACACUCAAGUUCUGUGGGAAUAAUUUUCCAGUGAUGACUUCAUCGACAAACAAUGCAAUGCACAUUAUCUACAGUUCUCUAGGAAACACAACUGAAAAAGGUUUUGUUGCAAAUUAUUUUGAAGACGGUAACACUAGUCUAUCAU